GAUGGAACAUAUAACUGUAGAGUAUUAUCGCGCCGGACUCCUUAUUUAUCACCGGGAGCUAUUGAGGAAAUCAUUCAAUCUCGAGGGACAGUUAAAAAUGUAUUCAGGGAAAUGGCUGAUAAAUAUAGUACCUCAACUCGUAGAAUAUAUGAAAUUUGGAAAAGACAUGCUGAAGGAAUACCCUUGCGCAAACAGCAACUAAUACAUAAUGUUGUUUCUUCUGAAAUAAUGCCUGAAAAUAAUACUUCAGAUAGAAAGUCAAAGAAAAGAAAACCAGGAUCCGGUUCUAGAUCUGUUCGAAUAUCUGAUUCAGUCAAUAUUAGGUCAGAGGCUAGCUUUUCAUCUAAUAAGGCUGGCAUAACUAAAAAAAGUAGAUGA